AUCAUUAAAUCUAUAACUAUUGACAAAGCUCUUGGGUACCAUUUAUAUUUGCCGUUGCCACCCAAAUACUAGCCUUGACAAGACCCUCGUCUUCCGAGGCAUCUUCUUUACCAAAACUAAGUACAUUUCAUAAAGCCGGAGCUAUUUAAAUCUGCUUGCACAUUUAAAGAAUGGGGGAGUCGAAACAAGAGGUUUAAAGAUCAAACUUGCAGUAAGCCUUUAUAGAAAUAAUUACAUAUUUUUCGUUUUCAAUAGAAGUUUUUGUGUCGGUUGACAGCCGCGAACAGCACCAGGGGCUGUCAUUGGCCGGGUAUUUUCAUACCGUAAUGCAGUCCAUGUUAAAACGCACAGUGUGUCAAACGGGACAACAGAUGGAUUCUCUAAGUUACAGCAAAACGAAACAUGGACAUCUGAAUGAUUUGUUAAAAGGUAGUUAGGCAAUUAUCGACCAAGGCUACCUGUCAAGUACAUUGUUAAUUAACGACUUAGUGGGGGAAAUGUAAUGAACAACUGUGAAAACGAAAUAUUAUUUCUUGGACAAACAUUUGAGAGUGCGUUAUUUCAAACGGGAAUUGUGAAAUGUGUUUUGUAGGAUUAUAUCUUAUAAAGCCAAGGUGAGCUAAUUAAAUGAUAUUGAAAAAAAAGAAGGUAACUUCAUGAGCUUGAAAGAUGACCGUGCUGCUUUGUCACCGGUCGGGCGGCCAAUGUCGUCUGCCAAUGGGCGACAAUCGUCUGCCACCGGGCGACUCUCGUCUUCUGGGAGAAGGAGUGUGAAUGCGUCUAUGGCCUCCGUUACCGAUGAAGAGCUUUCAUUUUCUGAUUCGGACGAGGAGGGAGUGUCUCAUGGUCGCAAUGUAAACGAUAAAUUCUGGAAUAUGUUCGGUGAUUCUCUUAAAAAGAUCAACGACGACAGUGAGAAGUUCCUGAUACGAUCUAAACCCAACUUUAAGAGCAGCAAAACAUUUAAGGGAGCCAUGACGGAGACAUGUGGAAACACUGAGUAUGGAAGUAGUAAGGGCUACACCAAACUUAAGGAGACACUAAACAGACUAUCGGAUGUGUCUGGAGCCGCCUUCCGGGCGUUAUCCAAGGCCGCCAAACCAAUGGAGGAGAAGGAAGAUCCCACAGUGGAGGAAGUAGAAGAAAGUGACAAGGAGAAACAGUCAGAAAAUGACAUCAAAGAAAUAUCAUCUGCGCUAGGUGGUGCUAAACGCAGCUGGAAAUUGAUAAAACGAAGUGUGAAUGAAACUGCAUUGGAGAAAAAGACAGAAAAGACCAAGUUAAACUGGGAUAUGUUGGCCCACCACGCCAAAGGAUUGACGGACCAAGAACGCACUAGACAGGACCUCUACCAACGGUAUGGUUUGCUGCCUAUGUUACACAAAGAUGGAAAUUAUGAGUGUCGAAAUAUUAUGUGGAGUGAACGGGCUAUCCGUCUGAACAUGACUAACCCUGUGCAGUAUAACAUAAUACCGUACGACAAGCGACGAGCCCAGAGCGCCAAAAUCCGCCCCCAAAAAUCAACCCCCAAAGUAACAUUUUUGCGUCCUUCGUCCGAACGGCCGCGCCCCUUAACUGCUACCUCAACGAUUACGCACCCUGUUGGCAAAGUGACGUCAGCAGGCACUUCCAGUUGGACAAAUAACGGAAGACCUCUUUCUCAUAAACAAACUCCUAAUCUAAUAUCUCCGGUGAACACAUUAAGAAACAAUUUUAUAAACUGAAAGAAAGUAAAGAAAUUUGAAGAGUUCUGUUUUUCACAAUAAGACUGACAGCCAUGCGACACGUAAUAUAAGUUUAGUACAUGUAAAGUAAUGGCCUCAGACAUUCAUACCAAUGUAAUCCCAUGUUAACAUCUUUUAUUCCAAACCUAAUUGACACGACAUUUCUGUACAUUUUCAUUAAUGGUAGAUCUAUGUAUGUAUUCAAUAUGGUACAUAUAAAGUUUAUUAUCGAAUCAUGCCUUUUUAGAAGUUCUUUGAACAUGUUGGAUAUAUUAAAUGGACUCUAUUCUUUACAGUCAA